AUGGCCGCUACCUCGAACGGCAACGCCGCCCAGGGCGCCGCCGCCCCGGGUCAGAUGCCCGGCCUCAACAGCUCCCAGAAGCAGGCCGUCGCCCAGGUCGCCGCGCAGGACGCCCAGCGCGGUGCUACCGUUCACACAUUUGACGCCAACGCUGCGCCCCAGGACAAGGCCGCUGCUAGCAAGAGCGGCUUUGGCAAGGUCUUUGGUGCCCCGAAGAGCAUCGGCCGCGGCGUCAUGAACGUCGGCAAAGGUGCCGCCGGCGGUGUCGGUGCUGUUGGACGCGGCGUCGUCGGCGGUGCGACAAAUGUUGUUGGCGGAGUUGCUGACGGUGUCGGUGCCGUUGGCCGAGGUGCCAUCGAUGGUGUCGGAGCCGUCGGCAAGGGCGCCAUCGGUGGUGUCACUGCCGUCGGUCGCGGCGUCGGCGGCGGCGUCAAUGCCGUCACUGGCCACGUCCACGGCCAGGCCAGGAAUAUGCUCGGCAACAUGCCCGGCAUGGGCGCGCUCAAGGACGACCCGAAGGGCAGCGCGCGUGCAAUGAAGGGCAAACUCACCCCCAUCCGACCUGAUUCACUCCCUAAGCUUCCAAAAAUCACCGUGACGAGAGCCGUUGCUGAUGAACCCCAAGCCGUCGCUAUCGACACGUCGACCUCGGACGCCCCCGCCCCGACGGUCUCCCUCGAGGACGCCAAGAAGGCUAGCGAGGAGGCCAAGAAGGAGCAGGACGUCCCCGGCAACAUUCCCAAGACAGUCCUCCCCGGCAUCCCCACUUGGGAGGUCGCCGGCAUUGAGGGCAAGGGCCUGGCCGAUGCCAAGACCGCUGAGCAGCUUAGCAUUCUGCAGCAGUAUGUCUCGGACCAGUACUACGGUACUUGGUACGUGAACGCUGGCAUCAUUGUCUUUGCCGUUCUCGCUACCCGUCUCACCUCGUGGCUCUGCUUUGGCUGGGCCUGGGUCUUCAUCAUUCUCGCCUUCUGUGCCACCGCCUACUCCCUCUCGAUCAAGCGCACCCGCGAGCGCGCCCGUGACGACAUUCAGCGCGAGCUCGUCAAGACUCGUCUCAUCACCGAGACCGAGAGCGCUGACUGGCUCAACGGCUUCCUCGACCGCUUCUGGCUCAUCUACGAGCCCGUUCUUUCGGCUACCAUUGUUCAGUCUGUCGACGCUGCCCUCGUUGCCAACACCCCCGGCUUCCUGGACAGCAUUCGCAUGACCACCUUCACCCUCGGCAACAAGGCUCCCCGCAUUGACUAUGUUCGCACCUUCCCCAAGACCCCCGACGAUGUCGUCGCCAUGGACUGGGCUAUUUCCUUCACACCCAACGACCUCCAGGACGUUACUCCCCGCGAGGCUGUCAACCGCGUCAACCCCAAGAUCGUUCUUACCAUCCGUCUCGGCAAGGGCAUGGUUUCCACUGGCAUGCCCAUUCUCCUCGAGGACCUCUCCUUCUCGGGCAAGAUGCGUAUCAAGCUCAAGCUCAUGACCGCCUUCCCCCACAUCCAGAAGGUCGAGAUGAGCUUCAUCGAGAAGCCUACCUUUGACUACGUCCUGAAGCCUAUCGGAGGUGAGACCUUCGGUUUCGACAUCAACUCGAUCCCCGGUCUCGCCCCCUUCAUCCGCGACCAGGUCCACGCCAACCUCGGCCCCAUGAUGUACGACCCCAACGUCUUCACCCUUGACCUCGAGCAGAUGCUCUCGGGCACUCCUCUCGACGCUGCCAUUGGUGUCCUCAAGAUUACUGUUCACGACGCCCGCGGCCUCAAGUCUACUAAGCUUGGAGGCGGCGCGCCCGAUCCCUACGUUGCUCUGUCUCUUGGUGCCAAGCCCCCUGUCGCCCGCACCAAGACCAUUGACUCGACUUCUACUCCCUCGUGGAACGAGACCCAGUUCGUUCUCGUCAACUCUCUCGCCGACGUUCUCAACUUCAACAUCUUCGACUACAACGAGCACACCAAGGACGACCAGAUCGGCACUGUCACCCAGGAGCUCCAGGGCUUCGAGGACGACGAGUCUCAGGAGGGCCUUGUCGGCCGCAUUCUCCAGGGCGGCAAGGACCGCGGAGAGCUCCGUUACGACAUCAACUACUACCCGACUAUCCAGCCCGAGAAGAAGGAGGACGGCACUUUCGAGCCUCUUCCCGACAUCCCCACUGGUAUUGCCCGUCUCAACAUCCACCAGGCGAAGGACUUUGACCGCUCCGGCGAUGUCAACGCGUACGCUUCCGUCUACCUCGGCAAGAACCCCGAGCCUAUCCACUCGACCGAUGUCGUCAAGAAGAACUCGGCUCCUGCCUGGGAUGACCACACCGAGUACAUUUGCGCCGACAAGAACGCCUCCGUCGUCACCGUCGUGGUCACUGACAAGAAGACGAACUCGAUCCUCGGCCGCUCCACGAUCAAGCUCUCCGACAUCAUCGCCGCCAAGGAGAAGGAGGAGGACUGGUUCCCGCUCCAGGGCUCGCGCCAGGGCAAGAUCCGUCUCUCCGCUACCUUCAAGCCUGUCAGCAUGCCUGGUGCCAUUGACGGCGCCGCGUCCUACGUUCCUCCCAUCGGUGUCCUCCGUGUCCACGUCAAGAAGGCCAUCGACGUGAAGAACGUCGAGCUCACCGGCAAGUCUGACCCCCACGUUCGCGUUAUCCUGGGUGGAAAGGUCCUUGGCCGCACCGACGUUCAGGACUCGAACCUCAACCCCGUCUGGGACCAGAUCAUCUACGUUCCUGUUCACUCUCUUCGCGAGCGCCUCACCCUCGAGCUUAUGGACUACCAGAACCUCGGCAAGGACCGCACUCUUGGUAUGAUCAACCUCGAGGUCGGCGGCUUCGCUGCCGAGAACCCUGGUAACAACGAGUUCCCGUACGCUUCCCUUGGCCCCAAGUCGCUCGCUGAGCGCAUCUGGAUCGACAAGGACAAGGAGUACAAGGGCCAGCUCUUCCUCGACGUUGACUUCAAGCCCGCCAUGUCGCUGAAGGGCGGCGUGUCGUUUGAACCCAAGGCCCCCAACCCCGUCAAGGAGGUCGCCCAGGCCAAGAUUACCGAGAUUAACGACCCCACUGCCACUUCUGCCCCCUCUGCUGCCAACGGCUCUGCUGCCGCCACCAACGGCACUGCCCCUGCUGCUGCUCUUGCCAACGCCCCCGGUGACACUUCUGCCCCUACUCCUCCCCCCACUAAUGGCGACGCUCCUGCUGUUCCUCCCAAGGAGGGCAACGCCGCCAAUGGCGACGGCAAGACGCCCGAGACUGCUGCCGAGGACCCCGAGGUCGGUGUUGAGCUCACCGAUGCCCAGCUCCUCCAGUACCAGUCUGGUAUUCUCUGCUUCCAGGUCAUCGAGGGCAAGCUCGCCCGCAAGGGUGCCCUUGAGAUCAUGUUUGACGACGGCUACUACCCCACUUUCACCACCGAGAAGGCCCGUGGCACCCACGUCAAGUGGGACCAGGUUGGCGAGGGUUUCGUCAAGGAGCUCGACUUUGGCCGCACCUGGAUGCGCAUCAACGCCGACCCCGAGGACGAUGAGCCCGAGAUUGUUGCCGAGCUCCACAUGGACACCAAGGAGUUCCUCGAGGCGACUCUCGACAAGACUGCCACCUUCACCCUCACUGCCCCCAACGGCCAGAACCGUAGCACGGUCACGUUCUCGUCCCGCUACAUUCCCGUCAACAUUGUGCUCGAGCAGCGCGAGACGGUCAACAACCAGGGUAUCCUGCGCGUCAAUGUUAUUGGCGCCAAGAACCUGCUCGCUGCCGACCGUGGCGGCAAGUCUGACCCCAACGUCACCUUCUCGCUGAACGGCCGCAAGGUGUUCAAGUCGGAGACCAUCAAGAAGACGGUCAACCCGACGUGGAACGAGCAGUUUGAGACUGUCGUCCCCUCGCGCUGCGCUUCGCAGUUCGAGUUCCUCGUCUCUGACUGGAACACUGUCGGCAGCUCCGACCCGCUCGGCGGCGGUGUCAUUGACCUGAACCGCCUCGAGCCCUUCCAGGCCACCAACGCCGAGUUCCCCGUCGUUCUCGACGGCAAGCAGCACGGUACCCUCCAGCUGUCCAUGGUCUUCACUCCUCAGUUUGUCACUGCCGUCCGCCAGCGUACCUCGACCUUUGCCUCUGGCACCGGCCGUGUCGUUACCAACGUUGGCUCGGCUGCCAUUGGCGCCCCCGUCGCCGUCGGCAAGGGCGUUGUUGGUGGUGUCGGCAAGGUCGUCUCUGCCCCCGGUCGCCUCUUCGGCAAGAAGAAGGACCGCACGCCGUCCCAGACGAUCCCGAACCAGGAGGCUGCCUUCAUCGCCGCCGGCGGUGCCGCGCACGGCGAGCCGCCCCAGGGCUACGCCGUCGACGGCCACGUCCCUGCUGACGGCCAGGCUCUCGCUGCCGGUCAGGUCUCUGCUCCCGCCGGAGUCGUCCAGCAGGGCGUCCCGACUGGCGAGGCCGCCACGACGCUUCCGGCCGACAUGGCCUCCGCCCCGCAGGAGCCGGGCACGCUGACCGUGACUGUCCUGGGCGCGAAGGACAUUCGCCCCGUGGGCAACAGCGUGCCCAAGGCGCUCGUCGCGCUCAAGUGCGGCGGCAAGUCGUACAAGACGGACUACAAGAAGGGCACCGAGGCCGAGUACAACGAGAGUUUCGCGUUCCACGUUGCGCCGGGCACGAACCAGCUGCAGCUCGCCGUGCUCGACCACCACUCGUUCGGUAAGGACGAGACGCUUGGUGAGGCCCUGGUCGACAUCUGGCGCCACAUCCAGCCCGCCGUGCCCACCGCGGACGUCUUUGUCGAGCUCAACGAUGGCUCGGGCGCCGUCAAGCUGCGCCUCGACUGGGCCGCGGGCGCCAACUCGGCCCAGGGGUCCAAGCUCGGCCGGUCCCGCUCCCGCUCCGCUAGCAUCACGAGCCGCACGACGGCCACCGUGGACACGCCGAGCAAGUCCAAGUUUGGCAAGUGA